AGCCAAACAGUGCUGACUUUUCCAGGUCCUGGACUCUUGACCCGGAUGCUUCUCAAUGCAGGUGCCCGAGUGGUAGCUCUAGAGAGUGACAGAGCUUUCCUUCCAGAUUUACAGUCUCUAGAGAACAGCCUACAUGGACAAUUAGAAGUAGUUUAUUGUGACUUCUUCAGAUUGGAUCCUUUGGGGUGUGGAUCUAUGAAACCACCUGCUAUGUACUCUGAGAAACUUUUUGAAAAUUUGGGCAUCUUGGCAGUUCCUUGGACAGCAGAUGUUCCUGUAAAAAUUGUUGGAUUCCUCCCCCAAAAAAAGGAAAGAAAUUUUCUUUGGAAGCUUAUCAUUGGCAUGUAUGAACGCAGUUCCAUAUACAGAUAUGGAAGAAUAGAGCUGAACAUGUUUGUUAGUGAAAAAGAGUACAAGGUAUGUUUAUGUACAAGAAACUUCAUUUCACUGGUUAAUAAAGAAAGGCUGAUGCUAGAACAUUCUGGGUACUGCUGCCAGAGUGGCCUGGACUAUCGCUCUGAUUGCGUGGUAGCAUUGCUGCUGAAAUUUGACCUGGCUGCCCCUCUUUACAAUCAGAGGUGUACCUAUGUAAUCCAGUUUAUCCAGCCCAUUUCUUUUAGUAUCACCAUUAUGGUAUUACUUCCUUACACCAAUUUUCCAUUUGCUUCAUGUAAUUUCUGUAACCCGUCCUCUGAAAGUGCUCCUCUCCCCCUGCUAAAAGCUGAAUGCCUGUCUUGGCUUCACCAUUGCUUUCAGUCUCUAGAGAACAGCCUACAUGGACAAUUAGAAGUAGUUUAUUGUGACUUCUUCAGAUUGGAUCCUUUGGGGUGUGGAUCUAUGAAACCACCUGCUAUGUACUCUGAGAAACUUUUUGAAAAUUUGGGCAUCUUGGCAGUUCCUUGGACAGCAGAUGUUCCUGUAAAAAUUGUUGGAUUCCUCCCCCAAAAAAAGGAAAGAAAUUUUCUUUGGAAGCUUAUCAUUGGCAUGUAUGAACGCAGUUCCAUAUACAGAUAUGGAAGAAUAGAGCUGAACAUGUUUGUUAGUGAAAAAGAGUACAAGAUGCUGACUGCAAAACCUGGAGAGCUAAGGAGUUAUCAAACAUUAAGUGUGCUUUGGCAAACAGCCUGUGAAAUUGAACUUCUGCACAUGGAACCUUGGUCUUCAUUUUUGACUAAUUCAAAAACCAGGGGACUUGGAAUACAAAAGAGCAUGCUGCUGCCAAACAACCACUUAUGUUUAGUACGAAUGACCCCACGGUGGAAUUUAUUCACAGGUGGCAUGACAACUGCAAAUUCAUCUACUUUUAUACUGAUGGUACAACAGUGUCUGGCUAAACGCAAAUCUAAACUAAUUGAUAAACUUAACUCAUGGAGUCCAGACAGUGGGAGUAAAUUAUUAAAGCAGCUAGAAAUACCGGAAAACAUUGUAACAGGCCAUUUGUACCCAGAAGAGUACAGACGCCUUUUUGAAGCUAUGGAACACUCUAAAGAGUUUAGUGAAAGCUGGCUCUAUGGUGAAUUCUUGGAAAAUACCAGGCACAUAAAUUUCUAAAUAUAAACCUUCUGGUUUUGAAAUAAAUUUGUUUUAAUGACUGUAUUCUGAGGUAACAAACUCAAAAUCUUACAAUUCCAUCAGUGAAGAUAAGUGUUCUCUCCUGCACAAAUCAGAAGAUAAAGUCACUUGAGACGAAAAAGCCUGUUUACACAGGGAAAAAGACUGCUUAAACUAAGCAUAUGUAUAGCUAUUAACAGGUUGUUCUGUGUGCAUGGGAUUGAGGUCAAAUUUUGCACCUUCUCCAGUAUCAUAUGGCAACGGUUGAUGCUCUCAGAAACGUGGCAUAAAAUGAACUACUUUUUUGCUACUCAACUGUAUAUUUGUUACAUUUUUAAAAGUAUCAAACCAAAUAUUUGUGCAAUUUGGAUAUGGGUGUCAAAAUACUUAAUUGUUAUGACUAACUCGUUAACAGUGCCCCACAUUGUUUAGAGUGUUCAAAAAUAUAAAAGCUAUUUUCUUUCUCCCCGACCUAAGAAUUUAGUCUGAAAUUGGCACGAUGCAGUAGUAGUUACCAAGAGGUGAGGAGUAAUGGGAAAGUAGAAUAAUUUGGCUACUCAGGUUAGUUAUGUGUUUCACAUUUCAGGUAUGCUUUGCAUUAUAUCUGUGUAUGAGAGCUGGUGUUGUGGGAAGAGAGAAAAUUAAUAGUUACUUCUUAAAUAGUAAUUUCGAAAUUCAGAAGAUGUUGAUCAGCCUCUUCUACAUACCAUGCCACCCAUCCACAUACAUACAGACUUUGCUAUCUUGUUUGCAUGUGAAAUUUUUCCAUCAGAUCUUUGACCAUUAUAUAGGCCAUGAAAAUUGUUUCCUCCCCACAACUGUAUGCCCUUAAUGUAGUCAUGUUAAAGUGCGUGUGUGUGUGGACACACACACACACAAAUAUAUAUAACACAACCCACUGAAUAGUUAUUCCUAGACCAAGUACUAGUUUACACAAUCCCCGCUCCUUUUCUCCCUCGUUACCCAUCUCUCCCCCCGCCCCCAUUUCCCCUAUACGUUUGGUGUUGAGGCUGGCAGGAGGUGUCAAAGAUUAGCUGUCCAAAUAAACAGCAGCAUAUCUGUAACGUAUGGGAAGCUGUGCUGCUUCAGUUUCUGUUAGUGAAGAAGUAAGUGUGUCCUGAUUCUCCAGGAGGCAUGGUGGGAAGCACUGGUUGGGCUGUUGUUUCUUCCUUUCUACUGCAGUCGCUACUACUGGACAAAUGAUUGCUGCUGCAGGGAGUGAGCUAGGUGCACUGCUGGGUUCCUCACUUCCACCUCACUUUUGCAGUCCUACCUGUUGAGUCUAUUUCAUCUUUGGACAAUCUUUUGCAAUACUUAAGUGCCAAAACUGCCAGGAGGACUGUUUUCAUCCUACAGCAUGAACUAUAUCCUGGAGUAAUUCUUGCAUAUUGUGAUUAUCUUGCCAUUCACACCUUUCCUGACUUGGCUAUUAUAAGAAUCUGUACUUACAGCGUGAUCUGUAUUUACCAGUGCUGAGUUAGCAUAUAACAGAAGCAAUUUCAUUUCUGUUGCAACAGUGAUAGGGAAUAUAACUGAAUGUUCUUGCUGACUCUGCCAGUCAGCAAGAAAUAUCAUAACUUCUCCUGUGUUUUUUCUUUUGUGCAUCAAAUGCCUCCUUAUUGGAGCAAGAUGUCUGCACUGAAGCAAGAUGCUAAAGAACGAAAGGAAGAUUGUUGUCAUAAAGUGAUUUUGUUACUGAUAACCCUAGAAUAUAUGAGCAUUGAAUUGGAAAAAAUGUACUGUCACACUUGCUAUUUGAUUACGAAACAGUAAGGCAAUGCAUGCAUUCCAUGAGUUAGUACAGUGGCAUAGUGAUUGGUGUAAGGGAUUAGGAAUUAAGAAAUUUGAGUUAUGUCCCUCGCUUUGCUCCUAACUCUGACCUUGGGCAAGUCUUGGUGUCUUUAUGUAAAAUGGGGAGCAUGAUGGCUGCCAUUAUAAGGUAAGAUCUCCAAAAGAUGCAAUGAGUGAAAAAUACUGAUUUGAUAAGUCAACCUGGACAUGAAAACUAAACAGCAUGUAUAGCUUCAAUUCUUUAAUCUCAUACACUAGCCCAUUUUUGCAAUGAUCUGUUUGAAAAUCGAGAGGGAAAAUGUUUAAUAUAAAUUUUAACUCCUAUUUUUUAUCUUAUUUGAAAGGAAUUUUUGUUUUGUUUCUAAUUCAUGUAGGUGUAUUUGAAAAGUCUACCCUACAUCAUUGCUGUUUUAUAUGCUUAAACUUAAUUAAGUCUGAAUGCCUCUUUAUACAAGUGAGAUCUUAAGUUAUAUAUUUGAGGCAUUUAGUAUACAAAGUGCUGGCUCCUUUCAGUGUUUAAUGCUACAGAUUGAACCUUCCUUGUCCGGCACCCUCAGAACCAGAGUGGCCUGAACAAGGGAAUUUGCCGGACCAGGGGAGGUCAGGCAUCUGGGCUCUCCUGGGGCUCCUCUUUUGGCAGCUGCUCCAGGAGAACCCAGACACUUGAUCUUCUUUGGUUCACUUGCCUGCAUCUGCUGCUCCCAGCUCCUUGUGGGGCAGCAGCUGCUCCCGGGGUUCUCUGGCUCCAGCCCUGUGCACGGCAGUGGCUGCUCCCAGAGUUCCCCGGCCCCAGCCUCAUGUGUGGCAGUGCAGCUGCUCCUGGGGUUUGCUGGUCUUGUGCGCUGCUGCGGCAGCCGCUCCCAGGGCUUUCUGUCCCAGGUCACUACCCCUGCAGGCUGCCACUGACCAAACCAGUUCCGCUCUCAGCCUCUGUGGCUGGGCUUUCUGGUCUAACAGCAUCUGUGGUCCUGCUGGACCAACAAUGUUGCCAGAUCAGGGAGUCCUGGAUAUGAGAGGUUCAACCUGUAGUAUCUUAAAACAAACACCAAACUUUAUAGUAAGACCACCAAUUGCAUUUUAUGUUUUUUGGUGAAAAUAUAGGUGUUGCAAGGGAAAGGAGCAUUGAGUUAUGUAAUUUGAAAAUGUAGAUUGGCAAAAUUUUAAACCAUCUUUUUACCUCACAGAUUAAAAAACACUUUAUGCCUGCAAAAUAUAUUUUUAUUUUUAAAUCUUAGAAACAAGUAAAUUGAAAUAAUAGCUCAGUUUUGGUAAACACACGUGUGAGCAUGCAUUCAUAUACUUUACUUUUGCAUUGAGAAAUGUUCCCGUGUCUAAAAAUGAUUGCCUCUGGAUUCCAGCUACAAAUCUUACAUUGUCAGUAGUGUUAAUGCUUUUAGCAGUUCUAGAUGUAUGAUGUACCUAAAGGUGACCUGAGAAGGAGAAAGGAAAAAAGGUGUAUUUUUUGACUGCCUUAUUAUAAGAGACCUAAACUAGUGUCAGAGUUUUGUUUUCCAAAAAGUCUGACUUUUUUAAACUUUCAUCCCUGUGCCUCCAUCAUGCAUAAUCAACCCUAACGUCACUUUCAUUUUUCAGAUUUUAUAAAAGCAAACCUAAAAAUGGCUUAAAGGAAAAACAGAAGUAUAUAGCUUUGGUGUCAUUUCUGAUCUAGAGAACAAUGAGCCACCAAAAUACCACAGAAAAAGGGAAUUGCAGCAGAGUCUAUAGAAAUUCCAAUAGCAUAGUAAGUUCAAUACAUUCCUUUGGUCAGGACAUUCCCAUUGACUUCGGUUGCAAUUCUGUGUUCGAAGGCAUGUAGCAGCAGUCCCAUUAAAGCAGCACAAUGAAUUCCCGUAUUCCUGCCCAUUGCACUGAAUAUAUCUCAAGUUCCCACCAGACCCACAAAUUACCAUACUAAAAUAUUUCACAUAGUUUUGAUGCAGAGAAAUUGAGGUAUCUCAUUUGCAUGUAUCUAUAUUCUUAGUGCAGCUCUUAAUAUGGUUUUGUCAUAAGUAGUACAAGACUUUAAAAUUUCAUGAGGAUGCUAAUUAAGUUGAAAGCAUUUGGGACAGGGUCUCUCUUGUGUUUGAACAGCAUCUGGGCUUCUGGGUGCUUCUAUGUGCUACAAGUAAUAGAAGAUUGAUGUGGCAGUUUAAAUUGCACAACACGUGAAUGAAUGUAAAUAAAUCUUUUGAAGAACGUG